CACACAUGGACAAACCCAAUUGUGAUAAUCAAAUAACUAAAACAAUUACAAAAAAAAAAAAAAGACAAAAAAAAAAAAAAGAAGAAGAAGAAACUAAACCCACAAUUACAAACCAUAUUUUAAAUACAAACCUCCACUUCGUCAUCAUCAUCUUCUUCUACUUCUUCAUCAUCGUACCAUCCUCUCUCUGCAACAACAAUGGCAGACUUGUUCGCCGGAGAAAUCGCCACCGAGCUACUCAAAUUGCUAAUAACAAUAACCCGAAAAGCGUGUUUAUGCAAACCAAGCGCCCAACAACUCAUCCUCACCGUCAACCAACUGUUACCAAUCAUAACCGAAAUCAAAUACUCCGGCGUCGAAUUAACCCAAACCCGUCAACACCAACUCGACAAAAUCUCCAUAGUCUUACAAGAAGCCCACGAACUCGCCCUCAAAGCCCUCAAUUCCAGCCGCUGGAACAUGUACAAGAACCUCCAGUUAGCAAGAAAAAUGGAUAAAGUUGAGAAGAAGAUAUCGAGGUUUGUUCAGGGUCCGUUACAAGCUCAUGUUUUGGCUGAUUUGCAUCAUGUGAGGUUCGAAACAACUGAACGGUUUGAUCGGCUUGAUGGGUCGGCUCAUCGGCUUGAACAGCGACUUGGGUUGUUGAAGAUUGACGAGGAAAUGGACCAAAUGGUGGAGAAGGUUGAUUUUGAUGAUGGGAUGUGUGAAAAUGAGUUGGUGAAAGUGGGAAUUGAGUUGGGGAUAAGAAAAGUUAAAGAUAUGAUAUUUGAAGAUCAGGUGUUUGAUGAAAUGUCUCAGUGGGUUUUUGGGGUUAAUGGGAUUGGUGGGAGUGGGAAAACUACUUUGGUUAGAGAGAUUUGUAGAGACGAUGAAGUAAGAAGUUAUUUUAACAACAGGAUUUUGUUCCUAACGGUGUCGCAGUCUCCGAAUAUGGAAGAACUAAGACGAAAGAUUCGUGGGUUUCUUGCGGAUAGUGAAUUGAAUGGGUGUUCGGAUAUCACACCGCAGUGGACGGGAUACAGUAAUUUGAAGACAGAGACACCUGUUCUUGUGGUUUUGGAUGAUGUUUGGUCGCUUCAAGUUCUCCAGCAACUGAUAUUCAAAGUCCCUGGUUGUAAAACACUAGUCGUUUCGCGUAUUAAGUUUCCUCCGUCAGUUUUAAACUCGAGUUAUGAGUUGGAGUUACUCGGGGAAGACGAUGCAGUGUCACUGUUCUGUCACACUGCGUUCGGAAGACCAUCAAUACCUCCCGGUACGGAUGAGAAUCUAAUCAAACAGAUUGUUGAGAAAUGUAAAGGGCUUCCAUUGGCGCUGAAAGUGAUCGGGGCUUCACUACGAGACCAGCCCGAAAAGUACUGGAGCGGUGCGAAUAAGCGUUUAUCACGAGCGCAACCAAUCAACGACUCCCACGAAGCCGAAUUACUCAACCGAAUGAGACUAAGCAUCGAUUACCUUUCCGAAAAGGUAAGAAAUUGUUUUCUGGAUUUGGGAUCUUUCCCAGAAGACAAAAAGAUCCCUUUAGAUGUUCUAAUCAACGUAUGGACCGAGCUUCACGACAUCGAUGAAGAAGAAGGUUACGCCAUUCUUGAUGAGCUCUCAAGCAAGAAUCUUCUCACACUUGUGAAAGAUUCAAGGGCUGGAGAUAGGUAUAGUAGCUACUAUGAGAUAUCGGUUUGUCAACACGAUGUGUUAAGAGAUCUUGCGAUUCAUAUGAGUAGUUUCGAGAGUGUAAAUCAUAGAAAGCGGUUGGUUAUGGCUCGAAGAGAAAACGGAGUUCCUAAAGAAUGGGAGAGGGAUGUUGAUGAGCCCUUUCUUGCAAGAAUUGUCUCUGUUCAUACCGGUGAAAUGAGAGAAAUGGAUUGGCCAAAAAUGGAGUUUCCUAAAGCUGAAGUCUUAAUCUUAAAUUUUGACUCCACUGAAUAUUUGUUGCCACAAUUUAUAGAAAACAUGCCUAAGCUUAGAGCUCUAGUGUUGAUCAAUUACAGCACAAAAACCGCCGAAAUUCACAACUUAUCGGUCUUAGGUAACUUAACAAGCUUAAGAAGCCUCUGGUUUGAAAAAGUUUCGAUCCCGCAAUUACCCAAAAAGACCAUAUUACCCCUCACAAACCUUCGUAAGUUAUCGUUACUUCUUUGCAAGAUAAAUCUCAAAGACGAGGAAUCAGAACUUGACCUCUCUCAUUUAUUCCCUCGUCUUAAUGAGCUCGCAAUGGACCACUGCAUUGAAAUGACGAAAUUACCCUCAAGCCUUUGCAGGGUGAAAACCCUAAAGAGUCUAAGCAUCACCAACUGCGAAAGCCUUGAAGAACUCCCAUGUGAUUUCGGGAAGCUACUUUUUUUACAAAUCUUGAGAGUUUACGCGUGUCCAAAGCUGAAAACGCUUCCUGUUGGGGUUAAAAAUCUUAUAUGGUUGGAGCACAUUGAUGUAUCUCAAUGUGUUAAUCUUCAUUGUCUUAAUGAAGAGAUUGGUGGUUGUUUCAAUUUAAAAGAAAUCGUUAUGCGGGAAUGCCCGCAAAUCAAGAACUUACCAAAGUCCGUAUCGGGCUUGAGAUCGUUGAGACGGGUUAUUUGUGAUGAAGAGGUUUCAUGGCAUUGGAAAGAAAUGGAGAAAGAAUUGCCUGGUUUGUGUGUUCAAGUUGUAGAACAAUGCUUUGAUCUAGAUUGGCUUAUAGAGUAAAUAUUUUUGUUAUUUUUUAAUACUUUUGUAAAUAUUAGAUAGAUAAAUAUAUGAAAUUAAUGGAGAAAUAAA